AUGCCUGCAGAACGAGAGGAUGAGAUUUGUCGAAAGGCGCUGGAGCUGCUGUCCGAGCUGUGCUCCCGGGGAGAAGUCCAGGACGAGCACUGCCUGGACUUCAUCUAUUACUUCCGGGACCUGGCCAGACCCCGCUACACGGACUCAGAUGUGUCGGUGAGCCUGCUCUCACUGUUGGUGACCUCUUGUGGCCUCGCCCUCUUCAGUGUCUCCCUCUUUGUCACCUGGAAAUUAUGCUGGGUGCCACUGAGUGGACGCUUCCUCCCAGACAUCCUAAAGGGGGCGCACUUCUUGGGGGGUGACCAGCAGCCUGUGGAUGGGGAGGAGAGGGAGUACAGUGAGGAUGGGUGCGUGAAGGACCCCUCUGGGCCUCCACUGGCCACAGCUGUCCCAGAAUCAGGCCUGAAGAUCAGCCACACUUCGCCUGACAUCCCUCUGGAGGCCCAGAACAAAGUGGAGAAGAACCAGGUCCACACCAUCGCCAGGGACAGAGUGCAGAGACAGAUCACAGAGCCCACCUCCUCUGUGCGUCACAACUCUAUCCGGCGUCAGAUGAACUUGUCCAACCCGGACUUCAACCCAGCUCAGUUCCAGAGGCAGGACUCUCUGUCUGGACUGGGUCGCAUCAAACCUGAGCUCUACAAACAGCGCUCAGUGGACGGGGAUGACGGCCGGAGGACUAACAACUGUGGACGCCUCCACUUCAUCCUGAAGUUUGACUUUGACUUGGAGCAGCUGAUCGUGAAGAUCCACAAGGCUCAGGACCUCCCCGCCAAGGACUUCUCAGGGACCUCGGACCCCUAUGUGAAGAUCUACUUACUGCCGGACCGCAAAAACAAGCACCAGACCAAGGUGCACCGCAAGACCCUUAACCCAGUGUUUGACGAGGUCUUCCUCUUCCCUGUGGCCUACGCAGAGCUGUCCAGCCGCAAACUCCACUUCAGUGUCUAUGACUUUGACCGCUUCUCACGCCACGAUCUGAUUGGACAGGUGGUGGUUGACAACUUCUUAGAUCUCACAGAUUUCCCAAGGGAGACAAAACUGUGCCGGGAUAUACAGUAUGUUACCUCGGACAAUGUGGACCUGGGGGAGCUCAUGUUCUCACUGUGCUAUCUCCCCACGGCUGGCAGACUCACCAUCACCAUCAUCAAAGCCAGGAACCUCAAAGCCAUGGACAUCACUGGAGCCUCGGAUCCGUAUGUGAAGGUGUCCCUGAUGUGUGAGGGCAGACGACUGAAGAAGAGAAAAACUUCCACAAAACGCAACACUCUGAACCCAAUCUACAACGAAGCCAUUGUGUUUGAUGUCCCGCCGGAGAACAUAGACCAGAUCAGCCUGCUCAUAGCUGUCAUGGAUUAUGACAGGGUGGGCCAUAACGAGGUGAUCGGGGUGUGCAGAGUGGGCAGUGAGGCAGAGAGCCUGGGCCGGGACCACUGGAACGAAAUGCUCUCAUAUCCACGCAAGCCAGUCGCACACUGGCACCCGCUCAUAGAGUGGGUGGGACAAGGAACAACAGAGAAGGGAAGCCAAGGAGGGUCAACCAACUCUCUGAAGACACCACCCUCCCCAUAA